GGUUAGACCAGCAAGGAGGAGAGACUGAAAAGCAACAGCAGACGGGAAAGGAGAAGAACCAGCGAGACAUAAUAGGGAGUAAGGCAUCAGGAGGAGGAAGGCAUUCAGGCGCUGAAUGUGUUGUUUCGAACUGUGAAGUAGGAGGAGAAGCGCAGUAGGGGGGAGGAGGAGGAAGGGGUACUUCCUCUUUAGUCUGAGUAGAGCUGCUGAGGUAUCCCAGCAGCCCCAGUCUGUGGCGACAGGAAACCUUCGUAUAAAAAGCUGCAUCGCAGGGGGAACCCUCCUGAGUACCUCUUAGACACAGCAUGACCAGGACCAAGAGCCUGAGAGUGUGGACCUAACAAAACAAUGCCCAGCAUAAAAGCCAAACCACCCAGCAUUCAUCACUUCAUCAUGGACCGAGAUGACAGGAACAAAAACGCCACACUUGGAAAGAACUUUAUGUGUCGACUCCAGUGCAUGUUCUCACCGACGACUCAAUGCUCAGAGAGCGGGCUAAGUUUAGAAGACACACAACAAUGGUCACAGUCUCUGGAAAGACUUCUUGAAUCUAAAUAUGGACUGGCCACCUUUCGUAACUUCCUCAAAUCAGAAUAUAGUGAUGAGAAUAUUGAAUUUUGGCUCACUUGUGAAGACUACAAGAAGAUUAAGUCUUCAUUUAAAUUGUCCUCGAGAGCGAAGAAGAUUUAUGAUCAGUUCAUCAAAGCAGAAUCACCUAAAGAGAUCAACAUUGACUAUCACACUCGAGAGCAGAUCAAAAGAAACGUCAAGACUCCCACCAUGCACUGCUUUGACGAAGCUCAGAAGAUAGUUUACGGGCUGAUGGAAAGAGACUCGUACCCGCGGUUCCUCCGCUCGGACAUUUAUAGAACACUCCUGGAAAGCCUCGCUGCUGACGCCACAACGGGAUGAAAGCACGGUCAGGAGGAGAGAGGAAGGAGAAGAAAACCCAUAACUGGAAUCUUUGAGGCUCCUUCAGGCGGAGGAACUGAAAAGGCAGGAGGGUCAUCCAUUGUGGGACUAGGACACAAUCAGAGGCCCGCACACAUCGGCGAUGCAACUCCUGUUCUACACUAAUAACAGAGCGGAUCCCUACAUUUAGCACCACUCACCUGAAGACUUUUUCUGAAGCAAAUUUCCCCAAUGAUUACCCCAUAGACACUGUUGACAAAGGAUGAAGACAGUGCAGGACAACUGAACGCCUUUCACAGCGAACCAAUUAAUAAGGUGACAGACUUCUGCACCAACAGUGAAGCCGCAACAUAUGCAAAGAAAGCCUUAGAUGCCUUCUGGCCUUUUUUGGAGAGGUGUUUCCUGUGCAGAUAGAAGAUAAGAGAUACAACUGUCACAACUGCUUAACUCCCACUCUCACUUGCGUGUGUUAGAGAGGAAAAAAGGAGACACAAAGUGAAACGAAAAAAAAGUAGAAUUUUAUGAUGGCACUUAAAUACCAUUUACUCAGAAUAAGCUGUAGCCAAAGUCCUGGUCAAGAAAUCGGAGCACUAAGAGAGACAGAAAAUCCAUCGCAGGCUGAGGAUUUAAUAAUGAUCUGUCCUUUUUUAGUGAGAACUAUUUUAAAGCAUCUUUCUUUCUUUAAAUCUAAAUUGAGUUGGAAAUGCAUGUAUAUUUUUCAUUCAAAGGUGGCCCAUAGAGAAGUUUUUUCCCCUUUUUUUUCCCUUUUCUUUUAACUUCUUUAGCAUUGAUUAUUGUCAGAGUACCUUUUCCAAGAAUUGUCUUUAGACUGAUAUGUACAAAGAAAAAAAAUCAUGCAUAUUUUCCAAAACUUCUUUGUGGGAUCUUGACAAAUAGUUGCACUUUUGAAACCGAGAACUUCCCAUUUUGAGACAGACUACGUCAAAUUUAAUUCGUCACUUGGUCAACAGCUUGCCAAAACUCAAACCGACAUCUUACAGCACUGAAGCAUAAUGAGUUUUGCAUUUGAUAAUAAUAGAAUUAGGACUACUAUUACACGGCACGAACAUGUGGUUAAACCUAUAUAUUCUAGGACUGGGCCUUAUUACUGAUUGUCAAAGCAUGAAUAAGAGUGAAUAAAUGCUUAUUAGGAGUUAUGUAGUUAAAUUAACUUAAAAUUUGAACAUUGUUUUAUUUAUUGCUUACUGUUCUGUCACAACUUGAGUGCAAAGUUUGUUGUAGAGUUGAAGUGCUUCUUUAACUGCUGGUGGAUUUAAAUGAUAUUAAAUUAUUUGAACCGCUUAAAAAAAUAAGACUUUAUUUUUCUCUAUCACAUGGACUUAAUCUCCUCAUCCUGACCUUUUUCAGUCCUAAAUAUGUUCAAAGAAGACAGCACACUUUUGGAAAAAGGCUUAUCUUAAAAGAUUGCGCUAUAAGCUGAAGUGAUGUCGUCGGCACAUAACAGUCUGUGGUAUUGCAUAACACAAUAAUACGUCAUAGAAGAAUGAAAAAAAUAGUCAGCAGUUUUUUAUGAACAUGUGCUAAAUGCUUAUAAGUGUCUUUAAUUUAAAUAUUUAAUUCCUUUUAUGUUAAGUUUAAAAAAUUGUUUUUGUUGGAAAUUAUGAAAAUGAUCAGAAAUCAAAAGAAGUGGUAAUGUAAAAAUCCAAUUUCUUUCAAAUGAGUACAAAUAUUACAGAUUUUGGUUUAUUUUUUACUAAAAAAAUAAUGACAAAGAACAUUACCUUGUUGAUAAAUCCAACAGGGGUGGUUAGUGUCCCCCUACUGCUUUGUGGUUUGAAGUCAGUGAAAAGCAUUUUUGACACACAAGUGGCAUGUGGGUUUGAGUAAACUGGAAAGCUUGGACUUUCAGUUUCCUGAGAAAUCAAGAGGUCAGAGAAACGGGAUUUUCCCCAUUUUAUUUUGCGUCAUCCUUUUGUCUGCAGGCCCAAAUGUGUCUAAAUGCAACAGAGAUUUGACCUUGGGUAAACAAACUGUUGCAAAUUUAGCAAACUUUGUUAUUGAGCUUGUAGUAGAAACAACAGAUUUUACUACACUUUGAGUAUUCCAAUGGAGAACCUCAAGGUUCUGGUUCUGAUGGACUCAAACCCAAAUACUUAAUUUUGUCUCAUAGAAAUUCAAUGUUUGCCCAAAUAUAGCAAUAUAGACUCAGACGAGGUGAUUAUUUAUUUAUAUAAAUAUAAUUAUAUACUGGCACUUUACUUUUUGAAAUGUCCAACCUUUUUAAUUUAGGUAAUCCAGUAAAAAGAAGUAAACAAAUAGCCACAUCGGAACUUUAUUAUACUUUAUUUCUGUAGUCCCAAAGCAAAAAUAAAAUUUACAUCACAAGCUAAUAUCAUGCAGUUCCGGUGUUUCAUGCUGUCAGCUCAAAACUGCAGCCCCAUUAGCAUUGCUAAAUCAUUCAUGCUAAAAUAACUCAUAAUUGCUCCUCCAUACUGAACAGCUCUCUGAUACCAGACAGCAUGUCCACAGUCCACAGCUAAACUCUAAUGUUAUGUGGAGUCUUCAGUGAUGUAAAUCAUGAGCCAAUCAAUGAAUCCAGCUAGCUGUCUAUCAAAUCACUUUGGCGCCAUACCUUGCGCAGUCCUGCUAGUAGUAACUCUGCAGAACCAUGAAGACCAAGAAAUAUGGCAGAUAGGUCUGUUAUAUAGGACAAUUAGGUCGUAAAAUAAUUUUUUGCAUCUUUAAACAUCUCAGAGCACAGCAAACAGUAGAAGGUGUGUCCUCUGGUCAGAUGAUAUUCAGUUGAAAUGAUUUUGGCCUUCAUAAAUUACGCAUCACUCCGCAAUUAUAUGCGUUUUUGUGAUGUUGCUUCCCAUAAACUAUUAUAAGUAAUAAAAUAUUUUAAAUACAUUAAGAUGACAAAAUGUAAGAAGGAUCAAAGGUUGUGAAUCAUUUGUAGCACACAGUAACUGCCUCUGACGUUCCCAUAAAGAUAUGAUCUUCUCAACAAACUAAUGACAUUGAAGCACAACAGUAAAGGUGAAUGUGAUGUACUGUAUUUGAAGUUAGUGUAGAGGGCAAAAACCAUUCAAAACUUCUCACUGAGGCAAUGAUGGCACAGAAAACUUAUAAAACAAGGUACUUUUGAUGAGAUCUUACAUCUUGUGUAUAAACCUGAUGCUGGAAGUUCAAGUAAUACAAAAUAUACCAGCAAAAGCUCAAGACAGCAAAGCUUUUUGUUUUUCUAAAAAGACUUCCAUGAAACAAUCCUAACAUUGCAAUAUUGUAAAAAGUGGUGAGACAUUACCCACUUGACUUUUCUAUUACUUCUAAAAGAUAAAUUGCUGGAGUUAGUCAUCCUGGUGCUGCUGAUUCCCUCAAAAAAAAUGUUUGACUCUGCAGCAGAAUGCUUUAUGGGUUGUGAAUUAUUAAA